UGGACAGGUGCCAGCGACGGCCGGUGUCCCACAGAGCAAGAAAAUGUAGAUCGAUCGAGAUCGAACGGGCGCUGGUCCAUGGCUAGAAUCUCGUGACGCCCCAGCUCUCGAUAAUUCCAUUCGCGGCAAGCAUACACAAGGGCACAAGGCGUGCGGUAAGCAACAACAAUCUCUUCAGCAACUCCAGCGCGCAGCGACUUGCGUAGCAGUACGCGUCCACGAUCGAGAGUGUCCAUAUAAUUGAGUCGAUUCCUUCUCAUUAUGAAACAUCUCUCGAUCGCCAUCGCCGGCCAUUAUUAAUCCGCCCACCCGACAUGCCCCUACAUAGUUAAUGGCCGGUCAGUCAGGCCCGUGGUAUUGGUAACCACCAGCAGCUGCAGCGCUACCUCAAGAAACGUUGCCAUGGCAGAGGCAGAGGCGGAGGGGUCGGCCAUGUAGCGGAGCGGCAUCGGCGGGGACGGGAGAGUCGUUUUGGGGGUCGACCGAUGGUGGUGCACGUGGUGCUGCUCGCCGCGCCGGCCGUCGGCGGCUUCCUCCUGCACGCGUUCAAGUUCUCCAUCCUGCUCUGGCCGUUCAACCUCACGCUGCCGCUGCUGCGCGACCUGCCGCGCGUCUGCGCCACCCUCCGGGGCGCCGCGUCGCUCUACGCCACCGAGCUGCGCGCGUCCCUCGGCGGCCGCCGGCGGAGGGCGCCCGUGCCGCAGAUGGACCGCCAGUACUUCUCCCUCCGCGGCGUGCGGAGACGGCCGGCGGAACGGCUCGUCGACCACGCCAUGCUAGCCCUCGUCGACAUCUCCUACUGAUGCCGCUGCGUUGCCAAGGUGGCUGCAUGCCGGAGCUGUUUAAUUCCGGCGGUGCUCGGUUUGGAUGGAAACGUUGGUUCAGAAUUUUCUUUGGAUCAUGUACAUAGGCGUUCCAUUUUUUUAUUAUCUUUUUUCCUGCAUUUGUCGGCUGCACUUGUUGUAACUAGUCCAAUGUCCUGCGUAAUUACACCGGAUCUUUUUUCUAUCUUCAGUAUUACUCCCCGUCUCAAAAUAAAUGACUCAAUUUUAUACUAGCUUUAGUAUAAAAUUAGUACAAAGUCGAGUCAUUUAUUUUGAGACGGAGGGAGUAUAUUAGAUUAUUAAGUGUGUUAAUAACAAUGCUAUUUGCAUGAAUAUAAUAGUACUGAUAUAUUGAUGUGGUGAUGAA